GUCAGUGUCAACUGCCAACUGCCAAGUGCCAUUCCUAUGCUUUACGAAAAUAAUAUGUAAAUAAACUUGAAAGAUUCUCAUAAACGGUAAAUGUAAUAAUAUUAAUUUUUCUGUUUUAAUUUUUAUUCUUAUUCUCGUAUAGUCAAUGUAUACUUAAUUCACAAUAUUUUAAAAAAUGGUACGCAGACAGCGUGAACAUAGCACCACUGAAGACGAAAUUGUAAUCGAUGCUUCUCCCCUCAAGAAACAUAAGCGACAUAAGCACAAAAAGAAGAAAAGAAAACCGGACAAUGAAUAUGACAGUGAUACUUCUAUCGAUGUCUCUUACGAGGACAUGGAGAAACCGUUUAAAUUGAAAAAUAGAAAGGAUGUACCUGGGACAGCAGCUGAGAUGUUAAAAGCACAAACCAUGAAGUCUUCAGAAUGUCGAAAAUCAAUACCUGGAUCAUCAUCAAGCACUCCUCCUAAAGUUACUUCCAAGAAAAAGAAGGCAAAGGGGCGGGAUAGUGGAACAUCUAGUGAAGAAGAAAGAUGGUUAGAUGCUAUCAAAUCAGGAAAAUUAGAAGAAGUAGAUGAGGAAUUGAAGAAAAUAAAACCAAAAGAUCCAAAAAUGAUGACUGCUAGGCAGAGGGCAAUGUAUGAACGGGGCAACGAUAAAGAAACAAGUCCAGGUGGUGAAGUAUUACUAGCUUUACCAUCUGGUUACAAAGAAAAAGUUAUGACUGCAGAAGCAUUACAAAAAGCAGCUCUUAAAUCUCAAAAAAGGAAACAACUGGCUGAUGAGAAGCGUGAAAAAGAUAAAAAGAAAACAAUGGAUAGACUUCUAAAAAAACAAGAAUCAAGAAAUCUGAAGAAUGCUCACAAGGGGAAACCAGUUCGUAAACUGGAGCCAAUGAUUGUUUAUAAAAACAGCAUAAAUGAGAUCUCAUUGUCUCUUCCUCAAGGAGUUCCAUUUCCAAUAAAAAGCCAACCACCAAUAGAAGCACCUAUUCCUAGUAAGUGUGGUGUGGAAGGAUGCAGCAAUAUAAAAAAAUAUAAUUGUUCUAAAACAGGUGUACCGCUGUGUAGUCUAGAAUGUUAUAAAAAAAAUUUUGCUGUAAAGGUGACAUAAAAAUAUAAUUACAU